AGAAUAGAUUUCGAUAUCCUGGUCAGGAGGUUUUGUUUGAGAAAAAAUAAUAAUGUAAAAUGACGUUUAAUUUAAAACUAAUAUCUGUUGGGGAUUUGCCCAAGGGUCUCCGGGAAUUUUAAAAAGUAGGAGCACUAGAAGAUCAGAGGGGAUGUAUUAUAUAAAUAUUGAUGUGAUGAACUAAUUUUAGUGCUGGAAUCAAGUUUUCAUCAUGGCGACAGGCGUUUUAGCAACCCUUCUGCUAAUUGGAAUCAUCCAACAAACAAUAGCGAAACCAUUCGUUGUGACAAUCGGUGCAGCACUUAGUUCAGAACGGCAUCAGGAUAUUUUUCAUCAAGCAGUCCAAGGUUUAAACAGACACAUUUCUCCAUCUGUUGUUUUCAAUUCUACUUCUAUAUUGAUGGACGCAAACCCAAUCAGAUCUGCACUCGAUGUUUGUGACAAACUUUUGCCACAGAAUAUUUACGCUGUGAUCGCAAGUCAUCCCAAUUCAAGUGACCAAUCACCGAUCUCUGUUUCCUAUACAUGUGGAUUUUAUCGCAUACCAGUUAUCGGUAUUACUGCUAGAGACAGCGCAUUCUCAGAUCAGAAUGUGCACUCAACAUUUCUGCGAACUGUGCCGUCAUAUUCCCACCAAGCGGAUGUUUGGGUGGCCCUUCUCCAGCAUUUUAAAUGGACUCAAGUUAUUUUAAUUGUUGGCACAGAUGAGGAGGGAAGAAGUAUUCUCAGUCGAUUUCAGACACUAGCAGAACCAAUUAAAAUAAAGAUUGAGAAAGUGAUUAAAUUUGUGCCUGGAGAAAAUAAUUACACGGUGCCAUUACUAAAUAUAGUUACAGCUCAAUCACGUGUUAUUCUUAUGUCUGCCUCAUUGGAAGAUGCGGAACAGUUAUAUUUGGAUGCUAUUUAUUUGCGUCUAACAGGAGAAGAUUUUGCUUGGAUUGUCACAGAACAAGCUUUUUCUGCACUUAGUGCUCCUAUAGGAUUGCUCGGACUUCAUCUAAUUAAUGGAUCUAAUGAAGAUGCCCAUAUAAGGGAUAGUAUAUCCAUAUUAGGACAUGGUUUUGAGAAGGUUAUUAAAGACCACAAUAUAACACAGCCACCAUCACGAUGUCAAGACAUGGGAACAUGGCAGGAUGGUGAAUUAGUCAUGGAUUAUCUACGUAAAACUAAGUUAGAGGAUGGUGAAACUGGUCAAGUUAGUUUUAAUGAACAGGGUGAUAGGCAAUUUCCUGUCUAUGAAAUACAGAAUAUAAAUGAAGAUAAUAAAGUUUUUGCUGUUGGCCUUUAUGGAAGCGUGAAACCAAUAAUUGAACCUCUAAGAAUGGCUGGAAGUAUAACAUGGCCAGGUGGUGUUGCAGUACAGCCUAAAGGACAGAAAAUAUCACGAAAUCUGACGGUAGUGACGAUUGCAGAGAAGCCAUUUGUUGAUGUCUAUAAACUCGAACCGGGAGAAGUUUGUUCCGAUGUAAAGGAAAAAUCAUUUUAUUGUUCACAUACAAACUUAACGACAGGGGAGGUAACCCACCAUUGCUGUAGUGGAUAUUGUAUGGAUAUGUUAAAAGAAAUUUCAAGCAUUGUUAAUUUUACUUUCUCUAUACAUCUCAGUUCAGAUGGGCUAUUUGGAUCUUUUGAAAGGCACAAUGGCUCGAAACAACGACAUUGGAAUGGUAUGAUAGGUGAAUUAUUAUCACAUAAAGCAGAUAUAAUUGUGGCUCCACUAACUAUCAACCCAGAACGAGCAAAAGUUAUAGACUUUACCAAACCAUUUAAAUAUCAAGGUCUUACAAUUCUUGUUAAAAAGACUACCAAAGAUUCAAGCCUAGCCUCCUUCCUUCAGCCAUUUCAAGAUACGUUAUGGAUAUUGGUUGGUUUGUCCGUCCAUGUGGUGGCACUUGUUUUGUAUCUAUUGGAUCGCUUCAGUCCAUUCGGUCGAUUUAAAUUAGCUAAGAGUGAAGAUACUGAAGAAGAUGCAUUGAAUUUAUCAAGUGCCAUGUGGUUUGCUUGGGGUGUUUUAUUGAACAGUGGUAUUGGAGAAGGUACACCUCGUAGUUUUAGUGCUCGUGUAUUAGGUAUGGUAUGGGCUGGAUUUGCUAUGAUCAUCGUUGCUUCAUACACUGCUAACCUGGCUGCUUUUCUUGUGUUAGACAGACCUGAAGCCUCCAUUUCCGGCAUUGAUGACCCUAGGUUGAGAAACCCUAAUGAGAGGUACCGCUAUGCUACAGUUAAAGGUAGUGCUGUAGAGAUGUAUUUUAAACGCCAGGUGGAGCUGUCAACCAUGUAUCGAACCAUGGAGAAUAAAAACUAUCCAACAGCAGAAGAAGCCAUUGAAGAAAUACGUAAAGAAGAUUUGCAAGCGUUUAUUUGGGAUUCCCCCAGGCUGGAAUUUGAGGCUGCAAGAGACUGUAAUUUGGUUACUGCUGGAGAGUUGUUUGGAAGAUCUGGUCUUGGUAUCGGACUACAGAAGAACAGUCCAUGGACUCAAGAAGUUUCACUGGCUGUCCUAAAACUGCAUGAAAAGGGAUUUAUGGAGAAGUUAGAUAAUGAAUGGAUUUUAGCUGAGAGUACAUCUGCUUGUCCAGAGAGUAACUCAGCUCCUGCUACACUUGGUUUAACCAACAUGGCAGGUGUGUUCAUGAUGGUGGCUGGUGGUAUUGUGGCUGGUGUUCUACUAAUAUUUGUAGAGAUUGCUUACAAGCGUCAUCGAGGCCUGAAAGAAAAGGAACUGGAGUUAGCCAGAAAUGCUGCUGAUCGUUGGAGAGGAAACAUUGAGAAAAGACGAACAUUGCGACAGACAUUACAGAAACAACGAGAAGAGCAAAUUCAUUCUAAUGCUCUACGCAAGCCACCAACACCACCUAUCAGAGCUAAUAGUACAUCACCAAUACGUCGGCCAUCAUUUAACGAAGCCAUGGGUCAGAAGAUUCUUCCGUCUACUAAUUAUACUCCAACCCAUGGCUGUCAAAGAUCAGGUCGAACGGUCACUUGGCAUAACCCUGCACACAAUGCUGAUUAUAAUAUUAUUUAGUUAACUUGCUUGAAAAUUUAAUGAAUUCUAUUCGGUCAAAAAAUCAAGACUUUAAACUAAUAAGAUAUUCUAGCAUGAUAGGAUCAUAUUUUUGAAGGAUGGGGGAAUGCUGAUUAUAUAAUUCCACCCUUUAAUUAAAUUUAGAAACUUCCAAUCUGUUAUUUUCUCUUAUUCCUAUUCAGAAAUUAUAAACUGUUCCUUUAUAAUCAAAGAGAAUAAAUCCAAAGCCAACCAAACUUAAAAUCUAAUUAUUGCAAAUCUCUCCACCUGAAAGUUUAUGGGCCUUUUCUGAUUUGUGGAUUUCAAACACAGAUGAACUAAUAUUAUGUCUGUUGAAAGAUGGAAAUAGUAGUCAUUAGGAGAUAGAAAUAUUUAUAAGAACAGACUUGUUGACAGUAGUUAUUAUUUGCAUUUUAUCCUAGACAUAUAUUGUCAGUCAGACCAUGUUAAAAAAGAUCAAAACUCACUUUCUGUUUUCAUGAACUCAAUAUGGAAAAUAAAAAGAAAUAAAUAAUGUUGAAUUUAUGAGACAAGAUAUUUUUACAGUGAAAUAUUUUCUAAUAUACCUUUGAAUUAUAAUGUUUAAAUUUGCAAUUCACAGAGAGCAAAAAUUUGCAAGGAUUCCGCCCGAGGCAUUUUAAUCAAAUAGCAGUUUAAUUGACAGUUUCUUUCCUAUUUUGAAGGGAUUGUGAAUUAGGUACUGCAACAAAUGAUUGUGUGAUGCUAAACUGACAUUAUCAAAAUAGUAUCUUAAUAUUUGAAAUAUCUUAAAAAGAUUAUCUUAAAAAGAUUUUUCUUGCCAUGUCGAAUUUAGUGUAUCUGAUAUUGUGGUCGUUUCUUGAAAUGGUGGUUCAAAAGUGUCUGUUGAAUUUUCUUGUUGUAAAUUUUGAGAAAUAUUUAUGUCUGCUUUUGUAUUGUUAGACCUUUUAGCAAAUUUUAUCCAGUUGUGUAAAAGACGACAUGUUGAGUCAGUUUGUUGAAAAAUAGAACCAGAAUAAUCUUGGUUUUAGCUUGGUUAAAUGUAAGAUUGAUUCGGCAUUAAUUGUUGAAGAUUUAUCAUAUAAAGUUGCAUUUUUAAUUAUUCGUGUCUUUUAAUAGGGAUUUGCUUAGCUCUGUAGCUGCUAAUGGAAAGACGAGGUGCGUUUUAUGUAUAUAGUAAUCCUUACAAAUUAAAUGUGCGUCUUAUACAUGGACGACUCAUUUCAUCGAAAUGUACAAUAAUCUUAAAAAGUUGAAUGUGCUUCUUAUACGCAAACAGGUCUUGAUCAUUGAAGAGUAAGAAGUUGGGUGUGCAUCUUAUACAUGAAUUGGUUUUAUUUAUCACCAAUUACACUAAUCUUAAGUUCAGUCUGUCUAAUACAUGAACGGAUAUAAAUCUGCUGUUAGAUGAGAGCUGCUAAAUAGUUUCGGUUAAUUUUAAUGGUUGUGUUAAAAUAUUGGAAGUGAGUUAUGACAGGUUAGGAUUAUUGAUUUGUUUUAGAUUAAGAGCAUGUGGUUAUUUCUAUUAAACGUAAACAAAAAAUAACAUUUGCAGUUUCCCAUUGUGAGGGAUUGUGUGUAAAUAAACUGUGUAGGGACCUGUCUUGGGUUGGUUCUUUACUAGAAUAAUGAAAUUGUUGGUGAUAGUUUUACAUUAUUAGAAUGUUGUAUUAGUUUUACAUGUGAAUUAUACAGAACAUUUAUAUUAUUUCUGACUGUUAUUUGUUAUAUAUAUUGUGGUAAACUUAGAUGUUGUUAAUGAGACCAAGUCUAAUCAUUGUUCUACAUUUAUUCAAUUUAUCUCUGCUGAUUGUUAUCAUCAAUGUCCUUUUUACAUAAAAAUAAUAGAACCGCAAUAUCACUUACACAGUUUUCUUAAAACAUUUUACCUGAAAUUGGAAUUUCUGUUACUUUUCAAGCAUUUAAUUAAAAGUAAAAUACAAUUAGUGAAUUCCAUAUAUUAUUACAUUAGGUCAUAGGUCAUUAUUAUAAAUGUAAAGAGAGAAAUGAAUUCUGGAGACUAAGUUAUUAGUUUGUUGUUCAGAUAUAUUACCUUGUAUAUUAUGAUAUUUGUUAUGUUUUUAACUACAAGACUUUGACAGUUAUGGUAGAUUAUAAAUUUUAUUAUACCCGUUUUUUUUUUAUUAUUUUUAAAUUGUCUUUCAAAGUCUUUUUUGUUUAUAAAAAAACUCUUAACCAAACCGUAACACUCUGUUUAUUAUAAUAUUUAAAUUUUAAACUGUUUUGCUUUUUGUCAAGUAGAAUAUCCGUAGGUUUUUAAACGAGUUGUUAGAAUUCAAUCACUUCUACUUUUCGUUAGAUGGACCAGUUUAAAACCUUAUUGACGUCUUCCAAGUCAGACAAUUGACUAUAACUGAUCACUAUAGUAUUAGACCACAAAAUACCCAGAUGACGUUAAUGGUUCACAAGAAGAAUAAGCGUCGUAUUUCUCGUUAUAUGUUUAUUUAUUGAAAUAUUAAAAGUCACAAUUUAAGGUUAAAAGCAAACUGAAUGUCAAAUAAGUAAAUUAUAACGAAAUAAUGAUUCCAAAUAAGAUAAUAAUGAAAUUGAGAAAAUCACAAACGGUAAGGCAGAACGCAAAAGUAACAAAGAGAAUUUAAUUCUCUCUGCAAUAUAGGGGAUACCUAGUACUAAAUUAGAUAGGGGAGUGGUAUUUUCUGUGGCCGGAGUUAAAUUUGUUAUGUAUUAUUUUACCAAAGAAAAUCAUGAACACGGUGUCACUGAAUAAGACAAUGACUUGAAAAUCUGCUGGUUUGCCAUGACCAUUGUUAGAAGUUUUCAGGUUUGCCAUGACAAUUGUUAGAAAUCUGAUGGGUUGUUUGCCAAGACCUUAGUUAGAAGUUGUCUUGUUUGUCGUGACGGUUAUUAGAGAUCUUCAAAUAAUAGUUUAACAUUAAUAUCGCAUAUUCAAAAAAAUCUUAAUUGUUACACGCCCACGUUGAAAUGUGGCCGUAUAUUGCCGUCAUCCCCGUUCGUCGGUCCAGCGUCCACAAUGGCUUGUUAACGCGCUAGAGGCUGAAGUUAAUAUCAGAUAGACUCUAAAUUUAUACACAGUGUUUAAGGUCAUCAAACGAAGAACCCUAUUGAUUUUCAACAAUUUCCGAUAAUUACUGCUGAAGUUAUGACCCUUGAUCACUUUGAAAAAUCUUGCAGACGCUCUAGAGGCAAAAGUUGUAACCGAUUGACUUUAGAUUCAUGCACAGUGUUUAAGGCCAUAAGAAAUAGGGACGAUUUCUGAUAAUUACUGCCAGUGUUGUGGUCCUUUAUCACUUUGAAAAUCUUGUGGGUGACCUAGAGGCUAAAGAUAAUAUCCCAUUGACUAUAGAUUUAUACACAGUGUUUAAUGUUAUGAAAAGAAGAACCCUAUUGCUUUUCAACGGUUUUCAGCAAUUAUUGCCAGAGUUAUGGCCCUUGAUCACUUUAAGAAAUCGUGUGGACGCUCUAGAGGUUUAAUUUAAAUAUAAAUUUAUAUAUACAGUGUUUAAGGUCUAAUAAUUACUAAUGCUAGGUUCCCACUGUCGUGCGAUACGUUACUAUAGGAUAGGAUUGUUCCUAAAUUUGAGUCCACGGUCUGGUACAUGCAGAUACGUUCGGAUACGUUUCGAUACGAUCAACACGAUUGCUACGACUGACCUCAACACCUGAUAGUAUCUCCACGAUUAAAACCACGAUUUCAAUCGUAGCGCGAAUUGUGAUAGUGGGAACCUAGCAUUAAAAAGUUGUUACUCGUAAUCAGUUUUUAGUGUGUUGUAAAUUUUUUCAUUACUGACAAAAGAAAAAAAUAUGCGACAACCCUUGUUGACUGCCCUGGCGACUUAGCUGCUGUGGGCGUAGGUUUCGUUGCCAGGCAACCUAUCUUUCCAUAUUGAAUCGCGUGAUUUGCUCAAAAAUAAAAUUCUAAAAUAAGGCGUGUAGACUUCUCUGAAGUUUUUUUUCCAGUCACUGUUUUAUUAAGUGAUACCAAAUAUUAUGAGUUACUGCCAUAUAUGCCACUGUAUUCUCUUUCUUUUUGCAUAGUUUACUUGCUCAAUUUUUUAUUUGUUAUUAUUGUUCUUUACAAUUCUGUAAUGUUUAUGUAGAUUUUGUUGUUGUGUGCAAUACAUUGUAUGCUUUUGGUUGUGUAAUAUUUUUCUUUUUACUACUUUUGAUUUGUCAAAUAUUGAAUUCAAUUUAAUGAAAUUGUAAUCUGUAAGCGAUUAAUAAAUUUAGAAGAAAAACAA